GGCAGCUGGGCCGAAGCAUCGUCCUUCGCAACCGCCGCAGGAAACGGUGAUGAAUAAUUGUUCAGAUUCAGAUGUCUCGUCCUCCAAGGCUUCGGUGUCUUCUUCCAACUCUACAGCUGCCUCCACAGAACCACCAACUGGAAAUUUGGAUCGUUUUCUCCAGUCGACAACUCCGAUCGUCCCUGCUUCGUACUUUCGCAAGAUGACCAUGAGGGGGUGGAGGAGUCGCAACGUUAUGGAGCCUCAGCAUCCGUAUUUCACCCUUGGGGAUCUGUGGGAUUCGUUUAAGGAGUGGAGCGCUUAUGGCGCUGGAGUGCCGUUGGUGUUGAACGAGAGCGACUCGGUUGUGCAGUACUAUGUGCCGUACCUCUCGGCUAUUCAACUGUUCGUUAAUCCAUCGAAGCCGUCAUUGAUAUUGAGGCGAGCUGGUGACGAAAGUGAUGGGGAACCUUACCUGGAUACAAGUAGCGAAGGUAGCAGCGAGAGCGAAGGGACGAGGCGGCUUGUGAGGGAUGGACAGUCCGUUGGAAGUGUAAACAGCAGUUCUUCAGUCCUUCCAGUAUUCGAGUAUUUGGAGAGAGAUCCACCUCAUGGUCGGGAACCUCUUGCUGAUAAGAUUUCAUCACUUGCGACUAAAUUUCCUGAUUUGAAGACAUACAAAAGCUGCGAUCUGCUUCCUUCAAGUUGGAUGUCCGUCGCCUGGUAUCCGAUAUAUAGGAUUCCUACAGGGCCUACAUUGCAAGAUUUGGAUGCGUGUUUUCUGACCUUUCACUUGCUUUCGACUUCAGUAAAAAGUGUUGGCAAUUGGUAUCCAGAACCUAUGGGUCCAUGCAUCAUCAAGAAAACAAACGGCAAGAACUUUGCCGGCGACCGGCUAUCCAUACCAAUCUUUGGCCUUGCUUCAUACAAGUUCCGAAGCUCCAUAUGGACUCCCAAUGCCCUCCACGAUUGUCAGCUGGCGACCUCGCUGCUCCAAACUGCAGACAAUUGGCUCUACCUUCUCCAAGUAAACCAUCCAGACUUCAUGUUCUUCUGCCACUCCAACAAAUUCAGGAGAUGAUUUUAUAGAUUUUUUUUUUUUUACAAAUUUCUGUUUAAUCUAAGAGAGUGGCCGAUUUUCAAUGUUUUGACGGCGAUUAUCUUGACUUGGACGCGGCAGUUUUUUUCGUUCGAAAUAGGUUUGGCCGGCGAAUUUUGCCCGGUGAUGUCGGUUUCAUGAGGACUGAAGAAGGAAGGCUGCUCUCUCUGACAGAGAACUAAGGUUAGUGACUAAUAGAAUUAAUGGUAGGAGACUGAUUUCUGUUGAUGUGGUUGUGAUAGCCACAGAGAUGGAUAGUUUUUUGUGAUGAUGAUGAGUGCUCCAAAGGAGCAGGUAUUUAGUGUAUUAAAAUUCUUCAAAAAAAAAUGAAGGAAAAAUAUUAUAUUGUUGAUAUUUUGUGUUGUUUUUUGUUAUUCACUUUGGGGCUGUUUGAUUUGCCGAAAGAGGAAUAGAUUG